UUGCAUUGCCUCCUAAUAUAACUAAUGAAUCAUUGCCUUGUUUCGUGAACUGGGAGCGUCCUUUGCAGGCAUUUUCCUCUCCUUCCCCUUUUUCACGUGGAUCGUCGUAACCAUAAUCUGUCAUCUCUCAUUUUCUUAGAAAGAGAAAUCAACAUCCAAAUUUCAUUAACUUUUUUCGUCCUAACUUUUCUUCUUGACUAUCCUUGAAUAUUUACCUCCUGUUCUCUGUUAUACAAAAAAAAACCCCAUUUCCCAAAGGAGUGAUUUUCCAGACUUUCCCCAUCCUUUUUCUGGGAAACAAACAACCCCUAAUAGCUGAAAAAGGGGAAAAAGAUGAUUCCUUUCUCCUUCAUUUUCACGGUUAUGGUUUUCUUAUGUUCAGUUUCGGCCUUUCCUCGUGUCCUCGCCGGUUUAUUGACUCAACCAGUGACCGGUCACGACCAGCCACUGAAACCCGGUGAAUACUCUUCUCCAAACACGGUCCCGGCGUUUCCAGUGCAGACGGAGGGUGAAGGGUGCAGACUUGACCUGUCCGACGAGCUGUUUGGCGGUGUCAACGACGCAUGCGGUCACAACCUCGACAGGAGCCGAUGUUGUCCCGUUCUAGCCGCGUGGUUGUAUGCUGCUCACUCGAAAUCGGCUCUUGAGUUACCGGCUCCUGCUCCGGCACCGGUCGACUCGAUUCAGCCGGACCAGCCCAUGAUGCCUGACGACUCGCAGAAGUGUGUGAACUCGCUACAGAGCGCGUUGCUAAACAAGAGCGUGAAGUUGUCGCAGCCAAACGCGAGCUGUGACGCGAUUCUCUGUUUUUGCGGGAUUCGGUUGCACCAGAUCAGCUCGUUGAGCUGCCCAGCGGCGUUCAACGUCUCGGCAGGGUUCCGAAACGCCACCCCCACCGCUGCGGUCAAGAAUUUGGAGAAGAAUUGCAGGAACUCUUCUUACGCUGGAUGUACCAAGUGCCUCGGUGCACUCCAAAAGCUCAAGGGAGGAUACAAGAACGGAACGGCCGACUGGAGCACUACCGAGAGAGCGAACAAGAUGUUCAACCUGGACUGUCAGCUCAUGGGGCUGACAUGGCUUCUGGCUCGGAACAAAACGGAGUACAUACCCACCGUGUCGGCGGUGCUGCGCGCCAUCAUGUACAGUGCACACCCUCCGCACGAGUCCAAGUGCAGCCCAGAUCAGGAGAACAUGCCGUUGGCCGUUGAUUCGCUGCAGUUCGAGGAGGCACAGUCGUCGGCUCCAAGGUCAACAUCGGGGGUUCAUUGUGGGUUUACGUUUCUACCCUUAAUCAUGCUGGUUUUCCUGUUUGGGUAGGGGCGCAGCGGUGGGUAACACCAAUCUUUUGCGACUUUGCCUCUCUAAUUUUUGGAGUCCUCUGUCUGUCGGGAAGUUCACGUGAAGCUCUUAGAGCUAGUAGACAAAAUCGGUUCUUCUGGCAGGAUUGUUUUUGUCCUCUCGCAACACAAUGUAAAUUGUAGUUUUUCUCUGGUUGUACAACUACAGCAAUUGAGGCAUUUCUCUCCCAACCCAACCCUUCACCUUUUGAAUCCUUGACCUAUUUGGCUUGGAUGCCUACAACUUAAAUUUAACAUCUCUUGCCAAGUAGAUUAGCACUGGGUUGCACAAUUAUAGGAUUGUUUUGAGAUAUAUUUGUUUCACAUUUCAGUACAGGAAGCAAGAACAACCUUUAGGGUCUGUUCGAUCUAGGCUACAUGGAUGACCCCAAAUGGUAGCCAUCAUCAAGUAGCCAUCAUUAAGCGACCAUCGACUAGGCUUUGCUAGGCUCUUCCCUUUAUCUUCCUCCUUUUUUGUCUCUUCCUUUUUCUUUCCUUCUCCUUUAUCAUUGCCCCUCCUUCCACCAUUUUCUUAUGCAAAAACAAGAUCGGUUCUUCUAUUUGGUUUUUUAGAGAACCAAUGAUUUGGAUUAUUGGGUUCCUCCUCCAUUGUUCCCCCUCUUCCUUUGCUUUUGUUUGAAGAAUGCUAGGUUCUCCGAUUAGGUUUUAUGGAGAACUUAUGAUCUACGUUCUUGGGGUUUUCUAAGAACUCAAGAUCUCUGUUUUGAUUUGUGGAUAAAUUGGAUUUUUUCCUUGUAUCAAUUUGUUGGAUUAUUCAAUAGAGUGUGCAUGGGUUCUUGCUCUUUGUUUGAAUUUUGAUUCAUAGAUCUUUGACGGCUCAUCUCUUAUGGCUUUACAUUCAUUUGUGAUGGGUCAUUGGUGAGCUGAAUAUGGGUCAUUAGCUGUGAUUUUCAGUGAUUUGGAGGCAUGACAGAGUUGAGUUUGCUUUCUCUUCUGGAGAAAAUUCAAGUGUUGAAUGAUUUUCGUAGAGUGAGAAGAAGAGAUUGAGACGAAGAGAUUCUUAAGUUUUAAUCUUUAAGUUUUGAUUUAGGUGUUGAAUAGAUAAAGUUAAAGGCU